AUGUCUUCUUCGCAAAGCCACUCGCAUCGUCGAGCACCCCCCGUGCGGAGAAUCCCUAGACGACCACCGCCUUCUUUCGAUGGGGUCAUUUACUCGACUGCUCCGACCUCCUCGCCACCAGCAAGUCCGCCCAGAAAUCAACAAAGACGACCAGGGAUCAUCAGAGAUGUUGCGAGAGGGUCAAUAGGCGCUGGGUACGGUCCAUAUCCGUUAGACCCCAACGUCAACCGUCCCAGAAGAGACAAACGCGCCGAACCAGGGCCGUUAGCGCGUUCAGAAACGGUCAGCGCGAAAUGGGGGCGGAAUAUCAACCUCGACGACACGGUUCACAAUGGCCUGCCAGAGUCGCGGUCGAGACAUUACUUCCAAAACCGCGUGGCAAUGGUCUUUUCGCUCCGAGGGUGGAGCAACAUUUUGGCGAUAUUCUCCAUAUCGUUGGCGCUCCUUGCGCUGUUCAUCGGCUACCCUAUAACACUAUUCCUGAUUCGCCCUCGAUCAUCGCCAAAUGCCAAUGGGGGCUUUAACCUGGGGGGAAUCAACGCGUCGGGGCAGGUCCCUGCGUUGGGGAAUCAUUUCCCGCGUCUUAUCGAUCCUGACACGCCAGAAGGCGCGAUGGAGUACAUAAACCCAGACGGGAAACGUUAUGAACUGGUCUUCAGCGACGAGUUCAACCAAGAUGCAAGAUCAUUUUACCCUGGCGACGAUCCAUACUGGGAAGCUGUCGAUUUACACUACUGGAUGACUGAAGACCUAGAGUGGUAUGACCCUGCCGCUAUAACAACGCGUGAUGGAAAGCUUGUCAUCACACUUUCUAACAUGAGCACUCACGACCUCGGCUUUCAGAGUGGCAUGCUUCAGUCUUGUAAUAAAGUAUGUUUCACGACUGCGUACAUCGAGGUUUCGCUCAGUCUUCCUGGGUCGUCCUCACAAGUCGGUUUCUGGCCUGGUGUCUGGACAAUGGGAAAUUUGGGGAGAGCGGGCUAUGGAGGAACAACAGAUGGAACAUGGCCGUAUAGCUACAGCGAAUGCGACGUUGGGACCUUUCCUAACCAGACGGCUCGCAAUGGCCAGCCUGCUGCCAGCAUCGGUGCAGAUGGAGAAAGCAUCAGCUUUCUCCCAGGUCAACGCCUUUCUGCAUGCACUUGCCCUCAUAGCGACCAUCCUGGACCGCUCAAAGCGGGUAAUUUUGUUGGUCGCGGAGCGCCAGAGCUUGAUAUUCUGGAGGCUCUUAUCGAAAUCGAGGGAACAAAUUACCGUGGUCAAGUCUCGCAGUCCUACCAAAUCGCCCCAUACGACGCACAACGAGCUUGGAAAAACGACUCUUCCGCGGCACAUAUCGACAAUCCCGUAAAAACUGCGCUCAAUCAGUUCAUUGGAAACGAGUACCAAGAGACGUUGUCUGCGCUUACCUUCAUUGACCCGUCCGUCUAUGGCGGGAAUGGUUACGCGCGGUAUGGUGUGGAAUGGUACUCGAAUCCCGACAAGAGGGGCGACUCUUAUGUGAGCUGGUAUGCGCAGGGAAAUAGGACUUGGUCCAUUACCGAUGACGCUCUGGGGCCUGACAGUCGGACUGAGGUUGGCGCGAGACUUGUUUCUGAGGAGCCAAUGUACAUUAUAUUCAACUUGGGCAUCUCACCGUCCUUUCAAGCUCCGGAUUUCACGCGGCUGGUCCUCCCGGCCGAGCUUCUCAUUGACUACGUGCGGGUCUACCAGCUCCCUGGCACGAAAAACGGCGUCACGUGCGACCCACCCAGUCGGCCAACAGCUGCUUAUAUCCAACAACACGCUAAUGUCUACACGAAUCCUAAUCUUACGACCUGGGAACAGGCGGGAUACGAGUUUCCGAAGAACCAAUUAUAUGACGGUUGUUAG